UUCAGUCCACAUUUUCCUUUGUAUUUACUAAAAGCUGUUAGGUGCAAGAUCUCAGACAAAGUUUAUUUUCUUCUCUUAUCUGCUGGAUAUUGAAUCAAGAGACUGUGACUGUGUGACUUCUGCUUAGUCACUGAAGAGCCCUUUUCACUUCUGAUUUUGGACUUAAGGCGUCAGUGGAGAGGAUCUGAUCAGACGGGCUAAUGUGAACACCUGCAUUCAGGCUUCUAUUUAUCUGAAUGAGUUAUAUAUAGUUUUUGACAUGUAGAAACGGUGGAAAAGACAAUAUUCUGAGGAAAAAGGCCAAAUCUCAAGGAUCAAGAUGUGCAGCUUGCACAGUUUACUUUACCUGGGAGUGUUGAUAAUGACGGUGACCAACAAGAUGCUGGAUGACUGUUUGUCAGUUAAAGUCAACAUGAAUGUUGUGCUUCUGGAGGACAAUACUUAUGGGUGGAGUCUGCCGUAUGUGAAGGAGGCCGUGGAACAAGCCAUUGAAAAGGACAGGCAGGAGAACGUUAAACAUGGUUUAAACUUCACUUUGACGGCUAACUACAACGGGUUCAACACCACUGUGUUCAAACGGCAGGGCUGUGGGAGCAGCACCUGUGAGGGAGUGGCAAUACUCAAGAGGCUGUAUAAUAAUGGUGAAGUUGGAUGCGUCAUGUUGGGGCCUUCUUGCACUUAUGCCACCUUCCAGUUAGUGGAUGAUGAAAUUGGCCUGAACUUGAGCAUUCCCAUCAUCUCUGCUGGGAGCUUCGGCCUGUCUUGUGAUUAUAAGACGAAACUGACCCGAAUUCUGCCCCCGGCACGCAAGACCUCAGACUUAUUACUCAACUUUGUGAAUGAAACUUUACCAUUUAAGGAUGCUUGGGAGCAGGUCUAUGUUUACAAGAAGCACAGCAACGCAAGUGAGGACUGCUUCUGGUACAUCAACGCAUUGGAAGCAGCCUCUGCCAGCUUUGCAUCAGGUACACAAAGAAAGAUGCUGCGUGGGGAGGAAGAGCUGUACAAUGCCCUUACCUCUGACAAAAGAUACAGCAACAUUUUCAUCCUAUGUGGGAGCCCUGAUGACAUUGUUUCAAUAAAGGGGAAGGUGGGCCAGAUUCAUCAGGACAUUAUGUUCAUUCUCCUUGAUAUUUACAACCCUGAGUAUUAUGCCAACACAACAUCCAUUAAGGGUAUGGAGGAUGUGCUUGUGAUCACUCUGCCACAGAGGACAUACAGCUAUGGCUUAAACUCAACGUACAACUACACGAUAAACGAUUAUAUGGCUGGGUAUCAUGAUGGGGCUCUGCUGUUUGGCAAAGUGCUCAGAGAGAGGAUGCUCAGUCAACAAGGUCAAAAGGGAUCCUAUGAUGUGCCUCUGGAUGUCAACCCAUUUCGAAAAAUUUCCUUUGAGGGUAUGGGAGGACACUAUGUGCUCGAUGAGUACGGUGACAGAGAUGUAAACUUCUCUAUGAUUUACACAAAUGUAACUGGCCAGUAUGAAACCCUGCUGGUGUUUGACACAUCACGAAAUGAAACCAUAGAGAUGAACCCAAAUCCAAGCCUGCCCUGGAAAGGGGGUCGCCUGCCUCCUGCCUUGCCGGAUCAUUCAGAUGGCUUCAAUAUGCAGGAUGUGAUUGUCAUCGUCUUGAGUCUCAGUGUUGUCGUGGUGACAGCCAUUGCUCUCAUCUUCUACAGGCAGAACAGAAAAGAGCGUCUUAUGCAGAAGAAGUGGUCUCACAUCAACCCACAUCUGAUUGGUCCGCUGGAUGAGAAGGAGGUUUCUCUGAAGAUUGAUGAAGAUAAGAGGAAGGACAGCGCAUACUUCAAUCACAGAGGUCGCUAUGACAAAAAGCCUGUAAUCUUGAAAGAGCUGAAGCAGGAGGACGGAGACUUCACCGAGGACCAGAGGAUUGAGCUCAACACUCUGCUGCGUAUCGAUUACUACAACCUGACCAAGUUCUAUGGCACGGUGAAGUUUGAGUACAGUGUGUUUGGGGUAUUUGAGCUCUGUCAGAGGGGCUCCCUCAGGUACAUUCUGAAUGACAGGAUCUCCUACCCAGACGACACCUUCAUGGACAUGGAGUUUAAGAUAUCAGUCAUGUAUGACAUAGCAAAGGGCAUGUCAUAUCUCCACUCCAGUAAUAUUGAGGUCCACGGUCGCCUCAAGUCCACCAACUGUGUGGUUGACAACCGCAUGGUGGUUAAGAUCACUGACUUUGGCUGUCACACCAUCCUGAGGCCAGGCAGAGACGUGUGGACGGCCCCGGAGCAUCUUCGAAAAGAUGGGGUGUCUCAAAAAGGCGAUGUCUACAGCUAUGCCAUCAUUGCUCAUGAGAUCGUUAUGAGGCGGACCCCGUUUUAUACACAGAGCAGCUCUGAUCCUGCAGAGAAGAUCUACAGAGUGCAGUAUCCCAGUGGGACGAACUUCUUUAGACCUGACCUCAACUUUGAUGGCGCAUCAGAGAAGGAGAUUGAGCUGUACAUUCUGAUAAAAAACUGCUGGGAUGAAGACCCUGAACGGAGGCCGGAUUUUAAGAGAAUAGAGUUAACUCUGGGUAAGAUUUUCAGUAACCUGCACAACCAAGCCAGUGAGACAUACAUGGACAACCUGAUCCGUCGCCUGCAGAUGUACUCCAGGACUCUGGAGCGUCUGGUGGAGGAGAGAACCUCUUUGUACAAAGCUGAGAGGGACAGAGCUGAUCGCCUCAACUUUAUGCUUCUUCCUGGGCCAGUGGUGCGCUCACUGAAGGAGACAGGCAGAGUGGAGCCAGAGCUAUUUGAGGAGGUGAGCAUCUAUUUCAGCGACAUUGUGGGAUUCACCACCCUCUGCCACUACAGCACCCCCAUGGAGGUGGUCGACAUGCUCAACGACAUCUACAAGAACUUUGACAGCAUCCUUGACCACCAUGAUGUCUACAAGGUUGAGACAAUUGGAGAUGCGUACAUGGUUGCAUCAGGUUUGCCCAAACGCAACGGUGACAGGCAUGCAGUGGACAUCGCCCACAUGGCCCUGGACAUCCUGGCAUUUGUAGGGACUUUCCAGCUGCAGCACCUGCCUGGCAUCCCUCUGUGGAUCCGUAUUGGUGUGCAUUCAGGACCCUGUGCAGCAGGAGUGGUGGGGAACAAAAUGCCUCGCUACUGUCUUUUUGGAGAUACAGUAAACACUGCUUCACGCAUGGAGUCCACGGGCCUGCCUCUGAGAAUUCAUGUCAGCCAGUCUACCAUCAACAUCCUGCAGAGGACAGACUGCAAGUUUGAGUAUGAAGAAAGAGGAGAGACGUACCUGAAGGGUAAAGGCAAAGAGAUGACAUACUGGUUAACAGGAGUGACUGGGGGAAAAUACAACCUGCCAACACCACCAACAGCGGAGAACUUCCAGCGGCUCCAGCAGGACCUGGCAGAGAUGAUCGUGUCCAGUCUGGAGAAGCGUGGAGACGGGGGCGAGGGUAUCAAAAAGACACUGUCCACCAAAGUCAGUUGGAGGGAGACGAGCCGCAACCUGCAGGGGGACAGCCCGCCAGAGUACUUCCACCUGGCUGUCACUGACAACCCCAGUACCUACCUGUGAUCACCGUACAAUGGAAGUAGAUCGUAGAAAUGAGUCAUAGCCUGUACUCGUCUGGAUCAGCACUGCCGGGUUACUUUGGACAGCUCUGUUCAUUCAGGGGUGGAGUGACAGUAGAGCAGCAGUGGAACAAGCAGGCGUGUUAAAAGUGAGACUUAUGUGUAGAUGUAAUGAUAAACGUGGCUGCCACAGGGUCUUUCUGCUUUGAUGAUUUCCCCCCUCAACACCUAUCCCUCUGCCACAUAAAAUUAAAUGUCAAAUUUUUCACCUUCAGAUAUUGUUAUAUAUCAUUUAAGAUGUUUGUUGUGGUGGAAUAAGUGCUGUAAAUAAUCCCCUCCUCUUCAAUGGGACAGAGACAUUUUUACAUUUAGAGAUCACUGUGGAUGUGUUGUACUCUGCAUUAUUACAUUUGACCUGUUAUUCAUGGAAAUUAGAAAGGAACACAACCAAACUGUAAAACUGGCCUAAAGAAUAGUAAUAUCAUUUCAAAGAUUGGGAAAGCAUAAUUUUCUAAUGAGGCUCGCUUUAUGAGGGGCUUAUUCGUUGCCGUCUGGCACAGAGUUAAUUUUCAUGCUACCACUUAGGGGCGCCAAAGUUAGACAUUUACAGCAUCUGGAAGUGUUUUAGGUGAUGCAUCUUUCUUUUUAAAUGGUUCUCAUAAAAUGGCAUGGGUUUAAAUGACACAUGCCUUUUUUAAAUUUGUAACAUACAUGGCUACCUUUGCCAUGCUCCUGCGCUGGACAAUGAUAACUCACACGUAGUUAAUGUCACAUAUUCAUGGAUUUUAGUGUGAGAGUCCUCUGAGAUUUAUCAAGAGACCACAUGAUCACCU